AGGCACAUCGUAACACAGUACUGAAGCCUUCCUCUCACUGUUGAGCGUUGACUUCUACCUUAAGAAUUGAAGAUGGCAGCAGCUUCAGAAAGGUAUGCAGUUGUGACUGGUGCAAACAAAGGAAUUGGAUUAGAGAUUGUUAGGCAACUAGCUUUAGCUGGGAUCAAAGUGGUGCUCACAGCAAGAGAUGAGAAAAGGGGUCUUCAUGCAUUGGAAGCGCUCAAAGAUUCAGGUCUAUCUCACCUUGUAGUUUUCCAUCAGCUCGAUGUGGCUGAUCGUACAAGUGUAGCUUCUCUUGCAGAUUUUAUCAAAUCUAAAUUUGGGAAGCUUGAUAUUCUGGUGAACAAUGCAGGAGUUACUGGAUCCAUAGUUGGUGACUAUGCUUUAGCAGUUAUGGUAAUAAAUAAUCCUGGGGCAGUAUCAGAUGCUGACCGGGAAAAAGCAUUCACUGAAACAUAUGAAUUAACUGAAGAGUGUUUGCAAAUAAAUUACUAUGGUGCUAAGAGAACAGCCGAGUCCCUUUUACCCCUCUUGCAAUUAUCUGAUUCACCAAGAAUUGUGAAUGUAUCAUCUGGCUGGGGAAAAUUAGAGAGAUUAUCAAAUGAAUGGGCUAAAGGAGUCCUCAGUGAUGCUGAGAAUCUUACAGAAGAGAGAGUGGAUGAAGUAUUGAAGGAGUUUCUCAAAGAUUUCAAAGAAGGGUCAUUAGAAAGCAAGGGAUGGCCUAAGCAUGCUGGUGUCUAUAUGAUUUCUAAAGCUGCAUUGAAUGCCUAUACAAGAAUUCUUGCUAAGAAGUACCCUAAUUUCCUCAUCAAUAGUGUUUGCCCUGGUUUUGUCAAGACAGAUAUAAAUGGCAACAGUGGAGUUUUAACAGUUGAAGAAGGUGCUGCAAGUCCUGUGAGGGUGGCAUUGCUACCCAAUGAUGGUCCAUCUGGCAUACUCUAUAUUCGAAGUGAAGUCUCUUCCUUUUGAUUGAUAACAUUAUAUAUUUCCAAGGGAUACACUCUUUUGAACAUGUUUUUUUUUAUCGAAUUUCUUAUGAUUGGUUUAUUUUUCAAAAAGUCAGAUCAUUUGUCUCACAAAUUGAACACUUUUUAAAACUGAUUGGACUUUUCAAAAAAUUGACCAAUUACAAAAAGUGUAUGAAAAAUGUGUUUAAAAGAAUAUGUUGUUUGCCUUCCUUGUAUUUUCAAUGAUAUAAUAAGAUUAAGAGUAAGAUUUGGAUCU